AUGCCAACCGGACAUCGCGACCACCUAAAGCGAAAGACGGCGCCGAAGUCGUGGAUGCUGGACAAGCAGGGAGGGACGUUUGCACUAAUGCCUGCCAGUGGGCCCCACAAGAAGACGGAGUGCAUUCCUCUUGGGUAUCUGAUUUCAAGGUUUCUUAGGUAUGCAAGCAAUUUCAAGGAGCUUAGUAUUAUCCUGGCCGAGAAGAACAUCAAGGUGAAUGGGCGGGUCAGAACAAACUCCCACUUUCCUGUCGGGCUGUUUGAUGUUGUAUCGAUUGAGAAGACGGGAGAGCACUUCCGGGUUCUAUACAACGUGCACAAGAAGUUCCACCUCCACAGGAUAAGCUCUGAGGAGGCAAGCUACCGUUUGACCAAGGUUACAAAGAAGUAUGAGAACCAGGGGAUUCCGUACAUUGUUUCCAGCUGCGGGCUAAGCAUCCGGUUCUGUGACCCGGCCAUUGACCUGGGAUACACGAUCAAGAUCUCGAACGAGACAUCGAAGGUCAUUGAGUACAUUGUUCCUGGGCCCGACAAGGUUAUAUUUGUGUCGAGGGGAAAGGCUAGAGGACGCGUUGGGGUCAUAAACACAAUCAGUACGCAAGGAAAGGAGACUGUGUAUGGAAUGACGGAUUUUGCAGGAAACACCUUUUCCUGUACAAGCAAAAGCUGCAUAUUGAUUGGAGAGUCCUCCGAAAACAUCUGGAUCACCCUUCCAAAGGAAAGGGGAAUACGUCAAUCCGAGCUUGAGAAGAUCAACGCCCAGUUAGGGGAGAUGAUUGAUACAGAAGUAGCUGAGGUCAGCGAAUAA